AUGCGGGCCAGCGGCGCGGCAACUUCGUGGGUGGUGGGGCGGACGCGCAUCUCUACGACGACCCGGACGACGCCGCCAUCCCGGCGCUCCUCGACUCCCGCUUCGACGGUGAUAUGGUCGACGCUCAAGCGCCUCCUCGCCUUCCUCUCGCAGGGCUUCUACGUCGCCCACCUCUUCCCGCAGUCGCUAGAGGUGAAGAAGCUCGUCUACCUCUACCUGCUCCACUACGCCGAAGAAACUGCACUUGUCCCUGAUGAAGGAGGUAUCACCAUUUUCACUAAUUUGGCUAAGUCAACAAAUCGACUUGUUGCUGAAGAAGCUGCUGGUGGCCUUUGGAAUCUCUCCGUUGGUGAGGAGCACAAGGCGGCUAUUGCGGCAGCUGGUGGUAUAAAGGCUUUGGUUGAUCUUAUAUUUUGUUGGCCUGCUGGGACUGAUGGAGUUCUUGAACGUGCUUCUGGUGUGCUUGCAAACCUAGCUGCUGAUGACAAGUGCAGCCUGGAAGUCGCAAAGGCUGGUGGUGUCCAUGCUUUGGUUACACUUGCUCGAUCAUGUAAACUUGAGGGCGUCCUAGAACAGGCGGCAAGGGCUCUAGCCAACUUAGCUGCACAUGGAGAUAACAACAACAAUAAUGCGGCUGUAUGUCAGGAAGCAGGGGCUCUUGAGGCAUUAGUGCAACUAACAUGUUCUCAAAACGAGGGUGUAAGGCAAGAGGCUGCUGGUGCUUUGUGGAACCUAUCAUUUGAUGAUGGGAAUCGUGAAGUUAUUGCUGCUGCGGGGGGUGUUGAAGCAUUGGUUUCACUUGCACAACAAUGUCUGAAUGCUUCGGAAGGCCUUCAGGAGAGAGCUGCUGGCGCAUUAUGGGGACUAUCUGCCUCAGAAUCGAACAGGUAGUAGAAGUGUAGCACCAUGGAUGGAAAUGCAGCAGCUGAUGGGGGUGAGCCCACCUACGAUCCAAUGAAAGAUCCAACAAGGAAGCCACAACGGUCAAAUGAUCCGGGAUGGAACUAUGGAUAUUGGUCUGAGCCUCCAAAUCGGGAUCUUGUUGUGUGCGCUCUUUGUGGCAAGAUAACUUCUGGAGGGAUCAAGAGGCAUAAAGAGCAUC